AUGACGAUUACAAUACCCCUCUGGUCUUCAGUCAAUCGCCUCAGCCAAAUAGCGUUGAAAGAUGCCUCGGAUCCGUCUCCACAAGUCCACUUUGAAUUGCUGCAAAUGAUUGAACAGCUGAGGUGUGUUGUGGAAACGCCGUCAGAAACUGUGUUGCGUCUGAUCUACCAGCCUCCGCAGAAUGCCGCAUUACGUAUUGUCAUUGAGCUGAGGAUCUUUGAAUUGCUUGUGGAGAAGCAGCACAGAGAAACAGGAUUAUCUGCUACUCAGCUAGCUGAGUAUACGGGUGCCGAACGAGAUCUGAUUGUUCGACUCAUGCGAGUCAUGACCUCUCUGGGACUGUGCUCUAUGCCGACCCCAGAGAUGUACACCGCAAAUGAAAAAACAGUGGCAUUUACUCAGCCUAUUGGAAGAGAUGGCUUGGCCUGCAUAUACGAUUUGACGAUGCCAACUUUGAGUAAGCUCCCCGAGUAUAUGUGCUCUCAUGGCUAUUCCAACCCGCAGGACUACACUCAGUCACCGAUGCAAUGGGCUGUAGGUCAGAGCCAGUUUGAAUGGCUUGCCAGCCACCCAGAACAGCAGAAGUUGUUCAACUCCUACAUGGCUAGUCGCCGUGAGGGUAAGCCGAUGUGGUUCGAUGUGUAUCCGGUCGAGCGGUUGCUUGGUCACGGUGUACCAUACGAGGAUACCACAUUCUUAGUGGAUGUCGGGGGAAAUAAAGGUCACGAUUUGAGAAAGUUUCGCAAACAAUAUGGUCACUUGCCUGGGAAGCUAGUGCUGCAGGACUUGCCAGAUGUGGUGAAGGGGGUUUCAGAUCGCGACACGGCGAUCGAUGUGAUGGGCCACAGUUUUCUGGAUCCUCAACCUGUCAAGGGAGCUCGGGCAUACUAUUUUCGUGCCAUAUUUCAUGAUUGGCCUGAUCAUAUCUGUCAGGUAAUUUUGCGCAACACUAUUUCCGCCAUGGCUCGGGAUUAUUCACGAAUCUUGAUCGUGGACUUUGUGCUGUCAGAUACGAAAACACCUCUCAUGCAGGCAUCUAUUGACAUACAGAUGAUGAGCAUUGGGGCCGGGGUUGAACGGUCCGAGCGACAAUGGAGAAAAUUGCUGGAAAGUGUUGGGCUGGAAAUCACGGGAAUAUGGAACCAAAGCCCUGGGAUGGAGUCGGUGAUUGAAGCGGUUCCAAUCUCGAAGUAA